UAUAUAGCGUCUCUUUGUUCUCCAGCUUUAAUGGCGUGAGACUGUAUUUAUCUACGGUUCUAAUUUCCAAAGUAAUCUUAUUCAAUCUUUGCAUGCUUCACCAACUCCUCUAAAACAUUCCAAAACCCAAACGACAUCAUUCUUUCCUUUUUUUUUUUUUUUUUUUUUUUGUAAUUUAAUCCCUCAUCCCAAUCCAAUCCAACCCAACCCAACCCAACCCAGAUGAUUCAAAACUGGUAAUCCCUUCUGGGUUUUUCGUUUUUACCCUUUUUUAAUCCGUUUCUUAUGUGCCUAUAUUGAUUCUUGGAUUGCUGUUAUACUCUUAUGUACUUGUAUUGUGUUGUGUUGUUUGUCUGUGUUUUUCUUUGUUGUUGUUUGAUUGUUGGUUUGGUGAGAAACCAUGAAGGAAGAUGAAGAGUUUGAAAUGUUGUUGGAUGUGAUCCCUCAUGUAACAUCAUUUAAUCUUUAUAAUCAUCAUCAUCAUAUGAAUCAACAACAGCAUCAUCAUCAAGAUCAUCUUGAUGGUAAUGGUAUGUAUGGUGUACGUGAUGAUGAGGCAUUGAGACAAUAUUGUGUUUCUCCUGUUAGUGGAUUCUCAUUGCAGUCAGAUGGCUCCUCUUUUUCAAGUUUGUUCUCAAAUGGACAUUCUUUAUCUGAUAAUGGAUCACCACCUCCACCCGAGGUUAAACUUAAAUAUCAUUUGCCUAGUGAAACUUGUUCUUACCCAGAUGGAUUAGCAUUGGAUUUGGAUUUGCCCAUUAGGAAGGACAAUGAGUGUGUGAUUGAUGAAAUGAGUCUUUGUAAAAAUCUUGGCAAAAUGCACCUUAGUAAUGACCAAUAUGAUUGUUUAAACGUUAAAUAUUUCCCACCAUACCAGACUGGGCCUAGAUUUGGUGAUUUUAGGGGUGGAAGUAAUCAAAUGAAUGCUGAGAAAUAUAUAGGAUUUCAGUCCCCUGUUUCAAGAACUGCUGAGGGGUUUGAUAGUGAUAUGAGUUCGGCAUUGUUGGGAUUGGAGCAAGAAUAUAGAAUGGGUAAUUUGUUGGGUUCGCAACUGAUUCCUGGUCGAUCUGAUGCUUUCUUUUCUCGGCAAGAGUUAAAUAUGUGCAAUGGGUCAAUGAGUUCUCCAUUGCAGAAAAUAAAGGAGCAGCCAAACAACUAUUCUCAAAUAGGGAUUCCAACAUCAAACUCGUGCACUACCUUUGGUAGACUUUCUAUUAAUGAUGCUUUAUUUUGUGCACAAAGAAAUGGAAUGCAUUGGAGUGAAGAAAGAGGUGUAUUGAAUUUUCCCAAUUCUCCUCAGUUGAGUCAUCCAAUGCCUCAUAUGAGUGUUGAAAAUCUGCUGCAACGCAGGAUGCCGCUAACUUAUGGAAGGCCUAGAGUCCCUUCAAACAUUGGAAUCCCACAGGGUGGUCUUGGGGCUUAUAGUAAUGAGGAUGGCUACAUAAUUCAAGGCAAUGGCUUAAAUUACCUAGUGAAUAAGGGAUGCAAUCACACAAGUGGUCAGAAUAAGGGCAGCAUACAUGAGGUCGGUGUUGGUUGGAGUCUGGAAAGAAGGUCACAGCUUAAUGGUCGGACCCAAAUGGCGGGAAUUUGUGGAAAUGCUGGAAUUGCCAAGUUUUGCAGCCCAUUCUCUCCGUCUUCAAAAUAUAAAUCCUUGGCAGAAGCUCGAGGCUAUAUUUACUUUAUAGCGAAGGAUCAACAUGGUUGUCGAUUCUUACAAAAGAUGUUUGAUGAGGGCUCCCAACAAAAUGUGCAAAUAAUAUUUGAUGAGAUCAUUGACCAUGUAGUUGAACUUAUGAUGAACCCGUUUGGGAAUUACCUUAUGCAGAAGUUAUUGGAGGUGUGUAAUGAAGAACAGAGAAUGCAGAUUCUGCUCAUGCUUACUGAAGAACCUGGGGAACUUGUUAGAAUCUCUUUAAACACUCAUGGCACUCGUGUAGUUCAAAAAUUGAUUGAGACCCUCAAAACCAGACAGCAGAUUUUGCUAGUUAUAUCGGCUCUUGAACCAGGGUUUCGUAAUCUCAUCAAGGACCUGAAUGGAAAUCAUGUGGUCCAACGUUGCUUGCAAUGCUUUACUUAUGAAGAUAACCAGUUUAUUUUUGUGGCUGCUGCAAAAUAUUGUGUUGAAAUUGCAACUCAUCAACACGGGUGUUGUGUUCUGCAACGGUGCAUAAGUCAUUCAAGUGGGGAAUAUCGUGACAACUUAAUUGCAGAAAUUUCAGCCAAUGGACUUCAUCUUGCUGAAGAUGCAUUUGGAAACUAUGUUGUUCAGUUUAUCUUGGAAUUGAAAAUUCCAUAUGCUAUCAGGAGUUUGAUUUCUGAAUUUGAAGGGAACUAUGUGCACCUCUCGAUACAGAAGUUCAGCAGCCAUGUUGUUGAAAAAUGUCUUCAUGUUUUUGAUGAUGAGAGUAGGUCAAGAAUCAUCCACGAAUUGCUCUCUGCCUCUCCCUUUGAACAGCUGCUUCAAGACCCGCAUGCUAACUAUGUUAUUCAAACAGCUCUUCAUGUUUCUGAGGGCUCCCUACACAAUUCACUUGUUGAAGCAAUUGAGUCUCAUAAAGCAAUUUCACGCAACAGCCCGUAUUCCAAGAGGAUUUUUUCUCAAAAGCUUUUGAAGAAGUGAUGUAGAUUCUCGCCCACCCCUCCAGAAAAAAAAACACUGUUAUUGUUUAAUGUUAUCAUUACUAUGCUUUCUACUACCACUAAAUAUAUCUGAAUUAUAACCAUAAAACUUUGAUGGUGAUAAUCAGAGAGUAUUUUGUGUCCUCAGGAAUGCAGUGAAGCCUCUUCCAAGGUCUCAGAAGAGAGUAAAGACAAAGCAAUUUUGCUCCCAGUUUCUUGUUUUGCAACAUGUUAAUAUAUGAUUUUGUUGUCGAUAAUCUGAGUUAGAUAUUAUUAUCCUUAUAAUUUUUGAAAAUUUUACUGUGUGAGACUGUACUGUGUAUAGAAUGUUAGAAUUGGGGUAUUG